AUGACAAGUUCUUCCAGUACACAAGCGGCUGCUGGCUUUGAGUGUAUUGCAGCUGAAAGUAUUGGAGCAAACAAGUGUGUUGCCAUGACAAAGUUGGUGGAAGGCACUUUUAACAAGACCUUUCAUCUUAAGAUGGACAACAGCUCUACUGCCAUUGCAAGGAUACCUCAACCCAUUGCUGGACCCAAGUACUAUACCACCGCAUCAGAGAUCACAAUAAUAGAUUUUGCCCAUACAGUACUCCAGAUACCUGCCCUACAGGUUCAUACAUGGAGUGCAUGCGCGGAUAACCCUGUUGGUGCUGAAUACAUUAUCAUGGAGGAAGCUACAGGGACAAAGCUGGAGGACAUAUGGGAUAAUCUUUCUCUAGAAGACAGAAUUGGUAUCAUGAAGGAUCUGGUAUUGAUUGAAAAUAAGCUUCUUUCAGUAUCUUUCAGCAGAUAUGGGAAUCUCUAUUACUCUGGCAAGGCAGUCCCUGGGGCUGUGGUUGCUGAAGUUGUGAGUGAUACAUCACCAGAACUUAAAAUGGACAUGAAGACACAGUUUUCCAUUGGCCCUGUUGUAGCAAGAGAUUUUUGGACAAAAGAAAAUUCAGUGAUGGAUAUAGAUCAGGGACAUCUUCCACAUGAAUAUGCAGCAGCUUUAGUGCACUGUGAACAGAAAUGGAUUGAGCAAUACACAAUCCCCAAGCCUGCAACUGAUCAAUUCAUAACAUCUACAGUGCAAAAUUCCUCUGAAGCCCAUCUUUCUCUUCUCAAAAAGUAUCUACAAGUGGCCCCUUAUCUUUUGCCCACAGAUGACCCAAAUCUCAUCACAUCUACAAUCUGGCAUACAGAUCUCCAUGCCAGCAACCUCUUUGUUGACAAAGGCCAUAUCACUAGUGUGAUUGACUGGCAGGAAGCUUGGACUGGGCCUCUAGUUCUUCAAGGCCACCAUCCACACCUAGUUGAUUACCAAGGUGAUAUCAUUUUGGAACCACCGCCAAAUUUUAAGGACCUUGAACUGAAUGAGAAGGCCCAAUUGAAAAAGCAGAUUGCUAGUUCCAUAAUUCUUUAUCUUUAUGAACAGCAAACAGCAAAACUCAACCCUAAUCUCAACAGAGUACUCCAUUUAAAGCUCGGGCGAGUGAGGUGUGAGCCUAUAAGCUUUGUCAGCAACACCUGGGAUGAUGAUAUUUUGCCAUUGCAUGAAUUACUGAUAAAUGUGGAAAGCAUGUAUGAUGAGGCUGUCGCUCUUUUUUCAGAACUCAGGGAAAUCAGGUUGAAGAACAUGAUAGGAAAGGAGAGAAAGGACUUUGAAGCACAGACGCGGUGGGUGGAGAGCUCUUCCCAGAGCCAUAAUGAUGGAAAUGUAGAAUGA